AUGUAUGAUGGACUCGUUUUCAAUGCUCACAACAUCGGGUUCAUGAGCAGCUAUUUCUCAGCAGAGAAAGCCGUCGACGUACAGCCCAUCCAGAUUCUUUGGACCACUAUCUUAAGCACUUGGUUUCCAGCCCUCGGCGAAAAGGCGCAUAAGAUUGCCUAUAAAACACUCGGUUCGCCUCAUAAGAAAGAACCCGACGCCAUCCUUGUAAAAGUUCAGUAUGUCUGGGCAAAACCCUCGGGCGAAUUUCAAGAGCACGAAAUCUUCGUUGCUCAAUGCAAGAGCUGGGAACACGAUACCGGUGAGGGCUGGACAUUAGCUGCCGAUUAA